AGCGGCCGCGGUGAGGCGCGAGGGCGGCGCGGGCGCAGCGCCAUGGGGGCCCUGACCAGCCGGCAGCACGCGGGCGUGGAGGAGGUGGACAUCCCGUCCAAUUCCGUGUACCGCUACCCGCCCAAGUCCGGAAGCUAUUUUGCCAGCCACUUCAUUAUGGGAGGAGAGAAGUUUGACUCCACACACCCCGAAGGUUACCUAUUUGGAGAGAACAGUGAUCUGAACUUUCUGGGGAACAGACCAGUAGCGUUUCCCUAUGCUGCCCCGCCUCCCCAAGAACCCGUGAAGACUCUGAGAAGCCUGAUCAACAUCCGGAAGGACACACUAAGACUUGUAAAGUGUGCCGAGGAAGUGAAGACCCCUGGAGAAGAGGCCAGCAGAGCUAAAGUCCACUACAACGUGGAGUUCACCUUUGACACUGAUGCUCGGGUGGCCAUCACCAUCUACUAUCAGGCCACGGAAGAGUUCCAGAAUGGGAUUGCCAGCUACAUCCCCAGAGACAACAGCCUCCAGUCAGAGACGGUGCACUACAAGCGAGGGGUGUGUCAGCAGUUCUGCUUGCCCUCCCACACCGUGGACCCCUCGGAGUGGGCAGAGGAGGAGCUUGGCUUUGAUCUGGACCGAGAGGUUUACCCUUUAGUGGUCCACGCCGUGGUGGAUGAAGGAGAUGAGUAUUUUGGCCAUUGCCAUGUACUGCUGGGCACUUUUGAAAAGCACACUGAUGGAACCUUCUGUGUCAAGCCCCUCAAACAGAAACAAGUGGUAGAUGGCGUCAGCUACCUCCUUCAGGAGAUCUAUGGAAUUGAAAACAAGUACAACACACAAGAUUCUAAGGUGGCUGAGGAUGAAGUAAGCGAUAACAGUGCUGAGUGUGUGGUGUGUCUCUCAGAUGUGCGGGACACCUUGAUCCUGCCCUGUCGCCACCUCUGCCUCUGUAACACGUGCGCUGACACGCUGCGCUACCAGGCAAACAACUGCCCCAUCUGCCGACUGCCCUUUCGGGCACUGCUUCAGAUCCGGGCCAUGAGGAAAAAAUUGGGCCCCUUGUCUCCCACCAGCUUUAACCCCAUCAUCUCAUCCCAGACGUCUGACUCGGAAGAGCAUUCGUCCUCAGAGAACAUUCCACCAGGUUAUGAAGUGGUGUCUCUUCUGGAAGCUCUCAAUGGGCCCCUCACCCCAUCCCCAGCGGUCCCUGCACUCCACGUGCUUGGAGACGGCCACCUCUCAGGAAUGCUGCCCUCCUAUGGCAGCGAUGGCCACCUGCCCCCGGUCAGGACGCUCUCCCCGCUCGACCGCCUGUCUGAUUGCAGCAGCCAAGGAAUCAAACUCAAAAAGAGUCUCUCUAAGUCUGUUUCCCAGAAUUCUUCUGUGUUGCAUGAAGAGGACGAUGAGCGUUCUUGCAGUGAGUCAGACACCCAGCUCUCUCAGAGGCCAUCAGCCCAGCAUCUGGAAGAGGAAUGUGAUGUAACCCCAGAAAGUGAAAAUCUUACCCUGUCAUCCUCGGGAGCUAUUGACCAGUCGUCUUGCACAGGGACGCCUCUCUCUUCCACAAUUUCCUCCCCAGAAGACCCUGCCAGCAGCAGCCUGGCCCAGUCAGUCAUGUCCAUGGUGUCCUCCCAGAGCCAGCACUCCCAGAUCAGCACCGACACAGUCUCCUCCAUGUCUGGCUCCUACAUCGCCCCUGGCACUGAAGAAGAGGGAGAGGCCCUCCCUUCACCCCAGGCCGCCAGCAGGGCCCCCUCAGAAGAAGCAGAGGUGACACCAGCAGCAUCUCCAGACAGCAACUUCGUUGGCCUCGCCGCUGAAGAGCAGGAUGCAGAGGGAAAUGAUGUUAUAGAGGAAGAGGAUGGAUCACCCACACAAGAAGAUGGCCAGAGGACAUGCGCAUUUCUAGGUAUGGAGUGUGACAAUAACAAUGACUUUGGCAUCGCCAGCGUGAAAGCACUGGACAAUAAGCUGUGCCCUGAGGUCUGCUUACCGGGGAGCUGGCAGGCUGAUGACAACGUUGUCAGUCGUCGGAACACACAGCACCGGCGCUUAUCAUCUGGCAGCCUGGAGGACCUUGAGGACAGACCCUGUGUGUGGGGUCCUUUGGCCGUCUGAGAGCCCCAGCCCUGCACCUGGGCUCCCUCUUGCCCCCACAUUCCAUCCUGGCCUCACGGGACUGCUGGCCCCCUGGGUGUCCUCAGCAAGACCACGAAGACUACAUCCAGACAAGAGCUGGACGUGGAGGUCAGCCUGUUCCUGCUCCCAGCCCAGCCUCCUCCAUAACCAUCACCCUUCCCCUCCCAGAAGGAACUAGAAGCCUCCUCUCUCCUUGUGGGCCAGAGCCUCUCAAUGAACUACAGCUCAUGAGACCCUUUGCAGAGACUCUGGAAUGUAUCCACCUCAGGUGGAGCCAAGGUCCACAGGCUGGUUGGUUUUCGUGCAUCUUUUCCUCCCUAGGAGGCAUUCCAAGAAGGCCUGGAGUUUUGGCAGCUUCAUUACAAACCCCAUCCGGCAUUUUAUCUGGUCUCUAGAACAUCAUAAGCACUUUGGGGUGGGGUUGGGGGAUGGCUUCUGUGAGAAAGGCAGGCCAUUUUGUCAAGUUUCCCUCAGAAAGCAUUAGGAGGAGCUCCUUCUCAAGGAUAAGGAAUGGUGGCAACCAAAAGGUUGGGUGAAAAAAACAGUUCUUGCUUCUGGUCACAGAGCUAGUCUCCUGUGCCUCACGUGAUGUCUGCUUAGGAAGGAGGCCUUGAAUCCCAGAAUCUCCCAGUUAUGUGGUCACCCCAGGAGGGUUAUGAUCAGGUGCAUUCAUGAAGGCCUGGGACUCCAUCCUAAGGUGACUUUUCAAAAAACACAUCUUUGGCCACCUCUGUGUGCCAGGCACUGUGUUAGCUGUCCUAUAUUCUCACAUUUCACCACUGCGCCCUGUCAGGUAGUAUUCUUAUAUCCGUUGUCCCUGUCUCCACCCCUUUUUGUUCAUAGUUGAGAAAUAGGCUGAGGGAGGGGUGGAACAGUGAUUCUCAAAUUGGUGCCCAGGAGGCUCCCAGAGCCCGCCGAGCUGGGGCCAGCGGUGAUCUGAGAGUCUCCCCGCCCCAUGUGUUGUCCUCCCCUGCCUUUCAGAUCUGCUAAGCCUUGGGGCUGGGGUGGGGGUGGGGGGUACUCCUUCAUUAGGCUCUUUAGAGAUUCAGAAGUAUCAUUCAAAUCAUGUGCCCCCCCAGCCCUCAUCAGCCCAGUGUAGGGCCUGUAGACAAAAGUCUGAAACAGCAAGGCCAGCCUGCAAGCUGUUGGGAGUUAUACUCCUCUGCUCUCAACACUGGUGUGGCCAGUGGGUUCCACAUAGUUCUUGGACAGAUGUGUUGUCUACUGGCUUUGGGAAAAGGUGGUCUUUGGGGGGAACAUGAGAUAGGGAAGCAAAGUUGGAUACAGCCAUUUGUAAGGCUGAGAUGCAGUAGAGCCUUAGGCCCAGUCCAUCAUGAUGGCCUGUCUUCGUAUUCAGAAUUGUUACCCUGAGUUUUUCAGGGCCACUUCCAAAACCCCAAAGAGAGCCCGGUGCCCAGGGAAUCUUUUGCACCUUCCGUGUGGCUUCUUUGCACUGUCAGGCGGUGGUGACCCUUGCCAGGCCCAGUGAUUAUGGCUCAGGUCCUGCCCUGGUUGGGGGAAGGCCCAUUGUCCUGACAGAUGUGACAUGAACCAAGCCUGAAUCUAGGCUUCUGUCUUGAGUCCUGCCGUGGACUCUGCUGCUUCAGGCCUGACUCCUUGUCCCUUCUUUCCCCCAGCUUUCUUCCAGACCCUUUCAUGUUUGCGGUCGGAGCAAUAACCCCACUUCCUGAUUUCCUUGAAGUUUAAGCGCCAGGGAAUGGGGAGCUUCCCUUAGCCCGGGGCGGCAGCACACAGCCUCCCCUACUCUCCUGGUAGGUCACAUUCACAGUGUGCUGUCACCUGAGAUGAAGGAGAUGCAGGGUAAACAGUAGCCACAGUGGCCAGGAACCCUGAGAGGAAACCAUUAUCACCCUCUUGAGGAGGACCCGAGUCCUUCCUCACAGCACAUGCUGGGUCCUCCCUCCAGCAGGAGGCUCAGAAAGAUUCUGAAAGGCCUUGGUUCCGUAACCAAGACAUGCUUGGGUUAGAAAUGGCCCUUUCACUCCUGCUUCUCAGACCCAUCCUCCCAUCUCUCUCUCUCUCUCUCUCCACCCCCCCCCCCCCCCUUUGUUCACAUUUGGCUCGUAGGCAAGCAGAAAUAUCCCAUCCAAAGGAGCCGGUCUUUAGCCUGACCAGGGAACAGGGCAGUUGCCAACCCUACUGCCCCAGUCCAUCGUCUAGAGACCAUCAUGUUAGACGAUAGUGACCCAGAGAGAAUGGGACGGGCUUGGCUCUUCACCAGAGAGCACAGACUACCUGGAGGCCCGAGGCUCUUCCUGCCAACUCCCAUCUUGGGUCUGAGCACUGCUAUGGCCUCGAGGUGGUGUGGUGAUCCUGGCCUCACAGAGCCUUUUUCCUUUUGCCCUUCCUCACCCACUUCAUCCAGCAGUUUAUGCCCACACCGGGGCAUCUCCUGGGCACAGACCCACACACUUUGAGCCGUCUCACCUGGGGAGAGCUAGUGUCCCGCCCGCCUGAUCUCGGCAUGCUGGUUGAUCACUUCGCUUUAGGACCUGCACACCUGGUGUGUGCUGGUGUGUGUGUGUGUGUGUGUGUACUGUUUGUGCCAUCUGGGUACCCCUCUCACUCCCUGGAGUACACUCAUGGGCACACUACAGUGAGGACAUCAAGGAUGCAAUAUUUAUGGAUUGCUGCAUGAUUCUUAAAAACGAAUAAAACUGUUUACAAGGGAAGGAGAGCUGUUAA